GAAGCGAUGCACAGUGAUUCUGAUUCACUGAACUGAUCGUCAGAGCUCACAACAUCCCACUAAACCAUCCGAACUGUCGUGUUCUCGUUUUCUGUGCAUGCUCUUGCUUUGAGUAUACAAAUCCGAGGAGGUAUACGUUAUAAUUUUCUUUUUUUUUUUUUCGCGCAAGGAUUUAUUUACACAUCCUCUGGCACUCCAAACGCCAACAGAUUGUGUUUGGUCUCCUUGCAAAGGGUCACUUGGGAGAACCGAGCCGUCUUGUGGCACUCCUGGCACACUUGGAAGAUUUGUGGACUGCGGACGUUUCGUCAAAUUGGACACAGGGACGGACAACUGCGGUUUAUGCGUGUUCCCGUUCAUAGAAGAUAAAAACGGACUGUUGCUGCAAGAACUGACGCUGAGAAAUAAGAAAGCAUCAACUCAAACAUGAGCUGCGCAAUGUUGCGACACGCGCUCGCUUUGCUCUUGGCGUUGCUGUGGAAAGGACCCAGCGGUGCUCAGGCGGCCGAGUUCGGACACUUGCCCGACAACAUUACCGUGCUGGAAGGAGAAAGCGUCAUUUUGAGAUGCAAGAUAGAUGAGGAGGUCACUCACAAGGCAUGGUUGAACCGCUCCAACAUCUUAUUCACGGGCACAGAUAAGUGGUCCCUGGAUCCCCGCGUCUCCCUGGUGAACAACAACAACAGCGACUUCUCCAUUAAGAUAGAGAGAGUGAUGGUGGCCGACGAGGGACCCUACGCGUGCAGCAUCCAGGCCAGAAACCAGCCUUGGACGGCCCACGUCUACCUCACCGUGCAGGUGCCGGCCCGGAUAGUGAACAUCUCGCAGGAUAAGUCGGUGAAUGAAGGCGAUGACGUGAACCUCUUUUGCCUGGCGGUCGGCAAACCAGAGCCCACUGUGACCUGGAAGGACUUCAGAUACGGUCUCAUGAGCGAGGGCGAAUUCUUGGAAAUCACAGAAAUCAAGCGGCAUCAAGCGGAGGAUUUUGAAUGCAUCACCAACAACGGUGUGGCGCCGCCAGACACACGCCGAGUCAAGGUCACAGUCAACUAUCCACCGACAAUUACAGAUGUAAAGAACAUGCCUGCCCAGCUGGGGAAAACUGCGAUUCUGCGCUGUGAAGCUAUGGCGGUUCCUACCGCGUCCUUUGAAUGGUACCGGGACGACCGAAGGCCGGUAGAAAAUGAUAACACGCUGAAGAUUAAAAACGAGAAAACACGUUCCCUGCUGCUCUUCACCAACGUCACAGAAAAACACUUUGGCAACUACACCUGUUUCGCCUCCAACCGCCUCGGGGCUUCCAAUGCCAGCAUGUUACUCUUCAGGCCCGGGGCGGUGUACGGCGGAGGAGCGUCUCUGAACGGACGUUUAUCAGGAGUCGGUCUGUGGUUCUGCCUCUCCAUCUCUGUUCUGAUGAAGGUCUAAAACUUUCCCGCUUCGGCAGGAGUCUUUAAAUACGAACCCAUCACUGUGAACAAAAAGAAAUUAUGCAUUAAUCCAGGAGCCAUCGCUACAUCACCCGAUCAUUCCUUUCUCUUCCUCGUUCCCAUUCACGCCCGGUCGCAUAUCACGCUUCAUAUCCCCCAACGACGGUCAACCUUUUAACGUCCAAACCUGAUGUGAACGACAAGUGUGUCUCUUGAUGUGCGUGCUGGACAUGCUGGUCGUAACGUGACGGUGUUGACGACGAUGUUCGGAUGACCCUCUCGGAGCCGUUUCACCAGCGGGCCCGUCGGCCGUUGACCCUCGGAUCCGAACGCGGAGAUCUGAGCUGAGCGGCGGUGCAUUCUGACUAUGAAUGAUGUCAAACCACGUGUUUUUCUUUCUAGCGAGGGUUAGCAGGUGUGUCAUCUCGUGCCCAAAGCGAACAUCUGACCCGCGUCCAGCCCAUCACUCAGUGUAAAUAUAUAUGCAGUAGAGGCCACUCAUUUCCCCGUUUCCCAUCAGCCUCUCUGUUUCAGCCUUUCGGCUCGGACGAUAUCGCUGCCUUUAAGUCACGUUGGAAUGAUCGUAUUUACGAGAUGACCACCAAAAUGUCAUUAUUAGUGCUUAAACGUCUUGUGUUUGACGGGAAGUUAAAACAUUUAAAUACUUUUCAACUUUGCGAAGUGGAAAUGAAAAACUCUGGUUUAGUCAAUCAAAUAAAAAUGACAGCUGUAGACUUUAUUCAUGUACUAAAAACAUUCGCAAACACGGCUUAGAUGAGUGAGAAACGCGAGUGAAAGAAAUAAGUUGCGCAAAAAACAAUGCGAAUGCAUCAUGAUUACGUACAAACUCGUAAGUAGGAACUUUCCGCAAGGACUUGAAGACAGCAGAAGUUUCUGGCGUCUCCUGCCCUGAAACAGUUCAUCGACUUCUUGUUGCUUGUGGAUAGCAUGUACCGGUUAGAAUUGUCCCUCUUGUGACCUCACUUCCUGCACCGCCCCCGUUUUAACCCCCCCUGCACUGUGUACAUUUUAA